CCGCCUCUACUCCUCAGUGAUUGGCUUCAGGAGCUGCCCGUCCGCUUCAUGUCUACCAAUCUCAGCUGUCUCCAGAGAUGGUUGGCCAGCACGCAGCCAAUCGCAGUACGGCGUGGACCCCUCCCGCGGCGCGCGCGGAGGGUGCGCGAGGCGGGGCUGUGGCGGCUGGAGGUGGCGGCGGCAGCGGCUUCAGCGACACGUCCCAGUCGGACUGAGUCUCCCGCCGUCCUGAGCAGGCCUGGAAUGGGUAAUGGUGUGAAGGAAGGCGUGGUGCGUUUGCGUGAGGAUGCCGAGCCCGUCCUGCCCGCUCAUGUGUCUUCAAAGAGUGAUCACAGGCAAGUUCUUAGCUCCCUCCUGUCAGGGGCCCUGGCUGGCGCUCUUGCCAAAACGGCGGUAGCUCCCCUGGACCGAACCAAAAUAAUCUUCCAAGUGUCCUCAAAAAGAUUUUCUGCCAAGGAGGCCUUCCGGGUCCUCUACUUCACCUACCUCAACGAAGGCUUCCUCAGCCUGUGGCGCGGAAACUCGGCCACCAUGGUGCGCGUGGUGCCCUACGCCGCCAUCCAGUUCAGCGCGCACGAGGAGUACAAGCGCCUACUGGGCAGCUACUACGGCUUCCGCGGAGAAGCCCUGCCCCCUUGGCCCCGCCUCCUCGCGGGUGCACUGGCCGGAACGACGGCCGCUUCGCUGACCUACCCCCUGGACCUGGUCAGGGCACGGAUGGCCGUGACCCCAAAGGAAAUGUAUAGCAACAUCUUUCACGUCUUCAUCCGCAUCUCCCGAGAAGAGGGGCUGAAGACGCUCUACCACGGCUUCAUUCCCACCGUGCUGGGGGUCAUUCCCUACGCCGGCCUGAGCUUCUUCACCUACGAGACGCUCAAGAGCCUGCACAGAGAGUACAGCGGCCGCCCGCAGCCCUACCCCUUUGAGCGCAUGAUCUUCGGGGCCUGCGCGGGCCUCAUCGGGCAGUCGGCCUCCUACCCGCUGGACGUGGUGCGGCGGCGCAUGCAGACGGCCGGUGUCACGGGCCACCAGCGCACCUCCAUCGUGCGCACGAUGCACACCAUCAUGCGGGAGGAGGGCGUGGUGCACGGCCUCUACAAGGGCCUGAGCAUGAACUGGCUCAAGGGUCCCAUCGCUGUGGGCAUCAGCUUCACCACCUUUGACCUCAUGCAGAUCCUGCUGCGGCACUUGCAGAGCUAGGGGCCAGUGGGGUCGGCUGCUCUCGAGCUUCAGUUCGCGGUGGACCGCUGACCCCUUCUGUUUCUGAGCCCAGCGAGCAAGGGCGCGCUGGGUUCCACCCAGGAGGUGCGCAGAUGCGCCUUGUGGAACAAGCUGGGGGGCCUGGGCUCAGUACGUACAGGUCUGAGGGGAAAGCCAGUGGCCCUCGAAGUGCAUUGUUGGGACCGGGAGGACCGGAGCUCCCGUGCUGUCCUCUUCCCGCCUCAGUAGGGCUGGGGCUGCCCCGGGAGGUAUUACCAUGAACGCCCUGAGUGACGAGUGGCCGGCACUGCUUCCUGGUGCGCUCUGUGUCCUUGGACAGGCUCCUGGUUCUAGUGACCUGGUCCCCCCUGGGCUCAGAGCCAGACUCCGCCUGCCCCUUGUUGUUCCGAGUCUAUGUCCGUUCAGAGUCUAUGUCCUCUGGCGGGGGGAGCCCCAGAGAGUGUGGGGCUGAGGCCUGGCCUCCUGCCCUGUCCCCCGUGAGACCAGCCUCCUGCUCAGCUGUGGCUGCAAAUGCAGCCUCUCACCCUACCCUGCCUGCCCCGCCUUUCCUGCCUUCACUACUUCCCCGGUAACAUGACUCCUUGUCUGUCCCCAGAGUCUACAGCUUGGGCACAGCCUUCUCCUAAGAGUGUUACACCGAUCCCAGACUCUAUCCCGGGCCCCUGGGAUUGGGUCUUCCCCUCUGUUGUGCCCCCCACGCCCCAGUUCGUAAUGUUCUCAGGAGGGUCACGCCUCCUCCGGGCAACAGGGUUUGAGGAAUUGCCAUGGGUUUGGGUCUGAGCCCCAGCCUGAAGCAUCUGCCUGGGUUGCCAGGAAGCUCUCAUUCCCGCCCCACUGGCUGCACUAAUGGAGGCUGGGCCUCAGGCCCUGACCCUCUGCCCAUAGGCAUGGGGGCUCAUGGGGGGGACCCAUGGCAUCUGGCACAUCCCUGGCUCCCCACCUGAGCAGUUACUUGGCUGGGACAUGGGACAAUUUAAGGCCCAUGGGGUUGUCUGAUUUCCCAUGAAUGGAGUACAUGGAGGCAGCUGGCCUCCUUGAUUCUCCCAAAGUGAGAGCCCGAGACAGCAUCUGGCCUGGGGGCAGGAAGCUUGGAAGAGUCAGGGUACCCCAGAGAGCUGGUCUCACAGAGGAGGCCCCCCAGGGCCCACCGGGAAUCACAGGGACUUGGAAACACCUGUUUCCUAAUGACAUUUGGAGUUUGACUUUUUUUGGUUUUGUUUUGCAAUUUGGCUGGCCCUGGGUCUAGACACAGUACACCCUGACCAGUCCAAUCUGGUUCCAGGACCAGGACCACCAGAGGGUAGGUUUUCACAGUGGGCUCAGUAGCCACGAUGUGUGAAAGGGUUUGAGAGGGUAUCUUAGCUGCCACACAUGCAUUUCCAGUUGUGAUUUUCAUUUCCUCCCUUCAUUCUGUCCUAUUUCUGUUUUUCUUGCCUUAGUCCCGUGGGUGUGAAGACCCCUCUUUCUGUCCUUCCUGCAUGUUUCCAUCAGCCAGCCCCAGUCUUGUCCCCAGACUCUCAUUCCCGGGGGCCCAAGCAGCCUGUGAUGGCUGUCCUGUGGGGUAAGCAUCCGACCCACCUUCUCCCCCAGCCUUGCCCAGUGCUCAGGAGAGGCAGGGGCGUCCCUCACAGGGAGACAGGAUGGGAACGUGAGGGCCCCCAGGCGAGAACAGCAGGGACUGGCGGUCCACCCCGGGCGGGUGAGACCAAAUGGGUGGUUAGGCAGCACCCUCCUCUGAGCUGCAGGCUGGGCAGGAGCGGGGAGGGUCCCCCAGGGUUGCCGGCCCCAGUGUGCCUCCCCAGGGUGGCUCCCAGCCAAGCGAGCCUCGGCAGCACCGCCCCCGACCCCCCCAGCCCUGCACACAGCCGGACCUGCACCCUCGGCAGUCACCCCUCUCACUGAUUGCCUGGCCUGAUUUGGAGUUACAUUUUGACGCCAUGAAGACACUUUGUUUAUAUAUAAUGUUUAUAUAUUUUAAAGAUUUGUGACAAGAGAGUAUAUUUAAUAAAAAUUAAAAUGACUUUUU